AGGGUGCAGCGCGGCGGCCGCGGGGCCGAGGGUUUGAACAGAGGGUCUCCCGCCGGCGGCUGGGCGGUGUCGGCUGCGGCGGGUGCGGGAGGCGGCGACGGCUGGGGUCGGGGUACGGGCCGGGAGGCUGAGCUGGCGCGGGGGCGCUGGGGGCGCUGCCCCCGCGGCAAUGAUGGGCAAGGAGGAGGAGAUUGCGCGGAUCGCCCGGAGGCUGGACAAGAUGGUGACCAAGAAGAGUGCGCCCGCCCUGGAUGUCUGGCCACAUGUGGAUCUCCAAGUUGUUCCUCCUUGAGGCCUGACUCCCACCUUGUCCCCCUUCUCCUGCAGGAAGGAGCCAUGGACCUGCUCCGGGAGCUGAAGGCCAUGCCCAUCACACUGCACCUGCUGCAGUCCACCCGCAUUGGCAUGUCUGUCAAUGCCCUGCGGAAGCAGAGCUCGGAUGAGGAGGUCAUCACACUGGCCAAGUCGCUCAUCAAGUCCUGGAAGAAGCUCCUGGAUGCUUCGGAUGCUAAAGCCAGGGAGCGGAGGAGGGGCGGGCCUCUGCCCACAUCGUCCUCAAAGGAAGCCUCCGAGGCCAAGGAUCCCAGCCACAAGAGGCCAGAGCUGCCCAGGACCCCAUCGACCCCAAGGAUCACCACAUUUCCCCCAGUGCCAGUCACCUGUGAUGCUGUGCGCAACAAGUGCCGUGAGAUGCUGACCGCCGCGCUGCAGGCUGACCAUGAUCACAUGGCCGUUGGUACAGACUGUGAGCACCUGUCAGCCCAGAUUGAGGAAUGCAUCUUCCGGGACGUGGGGAACACAGACAUGAAGUAUAAGAAUCGUAUUCGGAGCCGCAUCUCCAACCUCAAGGAUGCCAAGAACCCCGACCUGCGGCGGAACGUGCUGUGUGGCGCCAUAACCCCGCAGCAGAUUGCCGUGAUGACGUCGGAGGAGAUGGCCAGCGACGAGCUGAAGGAGAUCCGCAAGGCCAUGACCGAGGAGGCCAUCCGGGAGCACCAGAUGGCCCGCGGUGGCGGCACCCCGACCGACCUGUUCACCUGUGGGAAGUGCAGGAAGAAGAGCUGCACCUACACGCAGGUGCAGACCCGCAGUUCCGAUGAGCCCAUGACCACAUUUGUUGUCUGCAAUGAGUGUGGAAACCGCUGGAAGUUCUGCUGAGGCUGUGGCCAGCACUCUCCCCAAGUCUCUGCCAACAGACACAGCUUCUUUGGAGACCCGCCCUGUGCCCACAUGGCCUCCCCUGGAGGGCUGUGUGCCCCACCUCCUGCCCUGCCUGCAGUGCACCUUUGUCCUCCCGCCAGAUUAUUAAAUGUUUCUUUUUGCCA